AGUGUUUUCGACGGUCUGUCCCUAUAUGUGGCGCCCAUUGAUAAGACCAAACCAUCGCCGGUCAGACAACAGACAAAACUUUUGAGGAGGAGCUAUAACUCGAAGCGCUUGGCGUACGACUGGUUGCAUGACUUGGUGUUUGUGUCGGUGUCUAAGGGCGUGGAGGUGUUCAGUAUCAACGACACAAACAAUGUCUACUCGUAUGAUGUCAUUAGACAUAAUGAAAUACAGGGCGAUGUGUCCGUGGAUCCCAUCAAUGGCCUACUGGUGUGGUCUCAAUGGAGCUAUAAUAUGGUCACUAAUGAACACUCGGGACGGAUAGUCCGGUCUAAUAUAGACGGCUCAGACAUACAGGUGCUGACGAGAGCGGCUAAGAUCCCCAAUACGAUAGCUAUAGAUAUUAGUGAACAGAUAGUCUAUUGGAUCGAUACGGCCGUCUAUACACUGAAUUCAAUGAACUAUAUGUCGGCCACCGAUGCGACAGUUAUAAUGACUUCGCGUAACCUUUUCGACGCCUCCUUCUCGAUGGACGUCUUCGGAGACAAUAUAUUUUGGUCUAAUUAUGAGAAUAACGCCAUUCAUGUGACCCAUAGGAAGGGCCUGAAUCGCACCGAUAGGAUAGUUCUGGUGAACGCCUAUACGGACAUUGAGGGCAUCAAAGUGUUGGACAGAACUCGACAGACAAACGGUACGAAUCGGUGUUUGGGCGCCAAAUGCACGCAUAUAUGCCUUCCCACGAAACUGGACUACCGGUGCGUUUGCUCGAAGAAUAGUAAUGCUUUCGCUGAUAUUUGCACGGAUGAGACGCCAACUUCAAGACCAGAGGUGACCACAACCCCCACCACUACAACUGUGCCAUUGAUUGGGAAUACGGAUCCCAUUCAUAGUCAGAUCGUUGACCACAGUAUUCACUCAAAUAUGGCAAACAUAUCACACAAAUUGGAUACUUUAAUCAAUAAUACACUCUUCGGACCUGUUAUGGUGCCCACUGAGUCCCAUAAUAACCACUGGAUUGCAGUGGCAUUGGUGUCCAUUGCUAUUAAUCUCAUACUAAUCGCUGUUUUUAUUUACCGAAAGCGGAAAGUACCCUUUUCUGGCAACCUUUGGGCUAAAUUUCGAAAUGACCGGGAAGAAAUAUAUCUCAAUGAAACAUCCAAUGACCCUGAUCAAUUGUGAUUCAAUUGUGUAAUUAAAAUGUGAAUUAAUUUUUGUAUUUAUUUGUAUGUUUAUAUUUUAUAAUUGUUUCAAUUUUUAAAUUAAAAUAUAUCAGGGAUUAAUAAUAAUUGACUACUAGCGAGUAAGCAUUUUCAUUAUUUAUCACAAUAUUGUUUAAAAUAAUAUUAUUCAUAACAAAUAAAUAUGUC